UAUGGGCUUCAGCAAAAUCUGCCGUGUGUUUAUCUCUGUCUACCUCCUCUAGCAACAUGUGCCAUUUUUUCCCUCUUCUAUUUCUGAUAACCACGCUCUGAAAAUUCAUAUUAAAAUCAAGAGAGAAUCAUUUCCUCCUUGAAGAUAAGAACUACCAAAUCCUAAAAAAUCCCAACUGGGUUGUCUUCUUCAGGCACAAAAACACACACAGAGAGAGAGAGAGAGAGAGAGAGAGAGAGAGACAAAGAGAAGAAAAGAUGUUGGAAGGCAAAGCUUUCGUGGAGGACACAGACAUGCCAGUGAAGAUGCAGAUGCAGGCCAUGGCUGCUGCUUCUCAAGCUCUGGAUCUUUAUGACGUCUUUGAUUGCAGAUCCAUAGCUGCCCACAUAAAAAAGGAGUUUGACAUGAGAUAUGGGGGCGGUUGGCAAUGUGUGGUGGGCUCAAACUUUGGGUGUUUCUUCACUCAUUCAAAAGGAAGCUUCAUCUACUUUACACUUGAGAGUCUCAGCUUCCUCAUCUUCAAAGGGGCUUCUUCUCCUUCCUCACCCGAAGGCUAACGCAGUGUUUGGCAGAAAAGAAAAAAAGUUGGAGAUUCAGAAAGGCUGUACAUUUUGCUUCUUUGUUCCCUUUUUUUGGGUUUUUCUUGUUUUCCUGAACUGGGUUGGUCUUGCAAUGGAGAUGUUUAGGGUAGGCUAUGCUAGGUAGGGACUUUUAUUUUGUGAUCAAGUGCUUUGUAAUGUUUUUCUAUGCAAUGCAAUGUGAUAUAGCUUUUAGCAUUUUUUUAGUUUUUUU